AUGUUUCAAACGACGUCAGUCAAAGCUCCACCAGUCAAUGCUGGAAAAGAUAACAGCGAACUUCUCAAGUACGAGCUCGACACCAUGAAGCGGAAGAACCUUGAAUCGAUCGAGCGUCGUUAUGGAAUCCCAACACACAAGAUCCUAAUCUCAAAGCCUGAUAUCACGGCUUUGACGGAUCACUACAAGGCUUUGGCUUUAAUCGAGCACGGUGGAAAAUCGAACAAAAAGACAAGACACACGGCGAAAGCUCAACUCAUCGAGAGGUUGAGCAUGGCCAUAGGUAAAGUUGGCACUGAAGUUUUGUCGGCGUUCGAUAAUGAAGUCAAUCGCGUCGAAAAGCUUGUGCUUGAGAUUAUUGAUGAAAUCGUGUCAACCGAGAAAGACAUCGAAACUGUUAGAGAAAUGAUUAAGUUCAUGAUUACAAGCAGCAUCGAAUCACAAAAGGAGUUCCACGAAAUUCGACAAGCUCUUCAAAAUCAAUUCGAUGAGAGCUACAACGCAGCGCAUGCAAUGAUGAAUACAAUCAGUAGAGAAUGGGAAGACUACAAACGUCUUCAAGUGUCAGAAGAAGAGAAAAAUGUCAUUGGCCAAAAGCUGACUCAAAAGCAGAAUGCAUUCAAAUCGCUGUUCUUCAGAGCGCAUGCAUUCCGUUCAACUAUCAGAUCCAUUUCUGCAGAUAUUUCUGAUGAAUUCCAGCCUUCAAAGGCAACAGUAGCUCCAGUUCUUCGUGAGCUCUCUUCUUUAGGCGUUACGCCGGAAUACACUGUUAUGACCGGACACGUCGGCCAAUUUUUCUCAUUGAGGCCGAUUCAUGCCUGCAAAGACGCAUCAAUUCCUGAAACUGCCCAAAGCCGUCUUGUAGAAGAUAUCACCGUCCUCUCAACCGAUCAACUCAACUACACCACAAAACUACUUGUUCUUGCCAGACGUGCAUGCGACUGCGAGUUCCAGAAACGUAUUGAGCUCCAAAACGUGUUCAUUCUACUCUCAAAAACCAACAAGAAAGAUGACUUAAAACCAAUGUUUCCAGAUGAUGAAUUCGAUGAGUGA